CGCGUUGUGCAGCCAUUGGAUUAGCCAGAAGGGCCCGUACACUGUGCUCUAUCUUUUUCUUCUCCCUCCCUUUCGUGCCGCUUCAGCCAUCGUUUUCGCUCCCCUCUCGACCUCCGUUAUCCCAUAAACCCUAAGCUUCGAUCGCCACUCGCCCCGCCUUCCCCUCUCACGAAGAGCUUAUUUUGAAGAGCUAUGAUUCGUGCUGUGCUGACGGAGAAUCUUAUUCUAGAAUGGAAUAGUGCGACCAAAAAAGGGUUAUCCUAUACUGCUUAAAAUACAUCAGAAGAACUAGUAUAAAAGGGAGAGGAAGAAUUCAUCAUUAAGGACUUGCUACUUUCCUGAUGGGGGGAGCUUGUUCCAGGAAGAGAGACCUUCUCGACGAAGAUGCUUUGCACAGGUCUGGAAGAUACUCCAAGAGUAGCAGUGCAAAGUGGUUGCUACUUACCCUGCCCCGAUGCAAUUCUAAUGUAUCAGUUCAAGAGCAAGGGAAGUGUCCUUCCCUCAUGGACUUGUGCCUGGCUAAAGUUCGUGAGGACAUCAAAAAAUAUGGCAGCUUUUCCGUGCUUCCAAGGGACAUAAGCCAGCUGAUUUUCAACGAGUUAGUGACAUCUCAUUGCCUCAAUGAUGUGUCUCUUGAAGCCUUUCGGGACUGUGCUCUUCAGGAUAUUUUGAUUGGAGAAUAUCCAGGAGUCAAAGAUGGUUGGAUCGGAAUAGUUUGUUCUCAAGGGGAAUCACUUCUGUCACUUGAUAUUUCUUGCUCUGAUGUUACUGAUACUGGCUUGUCUCUCCUUAAGAAGUGUCCCAAUGUCCAGAGCUUGAAAUGUAACUAUUGUGACCAAAUCUCAGACUAUGGCCUAGGGCACUUAUCUGGACUUUCAAACUUGACCUCCUUGAGUUUCAAGAGGAGCAAUGCUAUCACUGCUGAUGGAAUGAGAGCUUUUACCAACUUAGUUAACUUGGUAAAUUUGGACCUUGAGAGAUGCUUAAAGAUUCAUGGAGGUCUUGUACAUUUAAAAGAUUUAAAAAAGCUUGAAUCUCUUAACAUCAAAUACUGCAAUUGUAUAACAGAUGCAGACAUUGGAUCUAUCUCAGGUCUAACAAGCUUACAGGAGCUGCAAAUGUCGUGUUGUAAAAUUACUGAUGCAGGCACCACUCAAUUGAAAGGUUUAUCCAAACUUGCUCACCUGAACUUGGAGGGUUGCCCACUUACUGCUGCUUGCUUGAAAGUUAUAUCAGGCUUUCCAUCAAUGAUGUUUCUGAAUCUGAGCCGUUGUAGUAUAUCUGAUGAUGGAAGUGAGAACUUUUCUGCACUUCAGAAGUUGAAAGUACUUCAGAAACUGAAAGUUUUGAACUUGGGAUUCAACAACAUUAGUGAUGCAUGUCUGGUGCAUCUUAAAGAUUUGAUCAAUUUGGAGAGCUUGAACUUUGAUUCUUGUAGCAUCGGCAAUGAAGGAUUAUUAAAUUUGAAAGGUCUGCUGAAAUUAAAGAGUUUGGAGCUAUCAGACACAGGAGUUGGUAGCAACGGUCUGAGCCAUCUAUCGGGGUUGUCCAAUUUGGAAAGUAUAAAUCUAUCGUUCACAUCAGUAACUGAUGGUGGUUUGAGGAAAUUGUCUGGAUUAACCUCUAUUAAAUCACUCAAUUUGGAUUCUCGACUGAUAACAGAUGCAGGGUUAGCCACAAUCACUAGUCUUACUGGAUUGACCCACUUGGAUCUUUUUGGUGCUCGUAUCACAGACUUCGGCACAAACUAUUUGAAACAUUUCAAGAACCUGCAGUCCCUUGAGCUAUGCGGGGGCUUCAUAACCGACGCUGGAGUGAAGAACAUCAAGGACCUUAAAUCUCUUACGCAAUUGAACCUGUCACAAAACAGCCACCUCACAGAUAAAACACUCGAACUGAUUUCAGGAUUGACCGGACUAACUUCACUUAACGUAUCAAACUCUCGCAUAACGAACACUGGACUGCGGCACCUGAAGCCAUUGAAGAACCUGCGAUUGCUCACCCUGGAGUCGUGCAAAGUGACUGCCAAUGAAAUGAAGAAGUUACAGUUGUCUGCCCUUCCAAACCUCCUCAGUGUCCGGCCUGAGUAAGCUCAGUUCGAAGCCACCACCCCCUCCUGUAAAGUUUUCAUCUGCACAUGCACACUGUCGUAGGAGAUUCAGCCCGGCAAAGGAGACUACGAUCAAAAUUGUAUAUAUCGGUGUGUUUAAACUCCUGGCCUGAUUUUAGUUUAAUCUAAUGACGUUGAAGCAUCAACUGGAAGCACAAGAGAAACAAAACGGUGUUUCCUCACUUAAAGUAUCGUCUGUCAGUAAAUAGUGUACAUAAAGCAUCAAUUAGCAUUGAAGCAAGCUGCUCCCAGUGUUGGAGUGUCUAAUGUUCUCUCAAAGACAAUGCAGGCUGAUUCGCUCGGGUCACGGAGCGAUGGUAAGAGGUAGAACAGAUUUCAAUACAAUAAUGUUUUGAAUUUGUUUUCAGGAUAUAUUAUAUGUAGGUAAUGUUCCAACUA